UCAACAUCUCUCCAACAACUUCACAAGUUACUAGAUCAGCGAAUUUGACCACAAGGACAGAGUAACACACACCGAUCGCUUUAGGAAAGCCGCGUAAUCCACUCACCUUCAGAUUUCCUGCGCAGACUCUUCGGCAGGUGGAUUCUCUCCGUCGCACCUCUUUCCGACUCCUUUCUGAAGGCUCGCCAUGGCCAACUCGGGCCUGCAGAUCCUGGGCUUCGCCCUUUCGCUCCUUGGGCUGAUCGGACUCAUCAUCGGCACUAUCCUGCCCCAGUGGAAGAUGUCCGCGUACGUCGGGGACAACAUCAUCACGGCCAUCUCCAUGUACUCCGGACUCUGGAUGACGUGCGCCUUCCAGAGCACGGGUCAGAUCCAGUGCAAGGCGUACGACUCCAUCCUGCAGCUUGACAGCUCUCUGCAGGCCACCCGGGCGCUCAUGAUCGUAGGCAUCAUUGUGACGGGGGCCGGUCUGGGCGUGGCCACCAUGGGCAUGAAGUGCACCACCUGCGGCGGAGACGACAAGACCAAGAAGUCCCGCAUCGCCAUGGCCGGCGGCAUCAUCCUGCUGAUAGGGGCUCUCGCGGCCAUCGUCGCCUGCUCCUGGUACGCCCACAACAUCAUCCGCGAGUUCUACAACCCCUUCACCCCCGUCAACACCAAGUAUGAGUUCGGGUCAGCCAUCUUCAUCGCCUGGGCCGGGUCCUUCCUGGACGUGAUCGGUGGCGGUAUGCUGGCUGCUUCCUGCCCCCGGGGCAAGUCGAAGCCCAGUUACCCCAUCUCCCACCGCCCUCCCAGCAGCAGCAAGGAGUACGUCUGAUCGAAUCCCCGGCACGACCAGCUAAACAAGAGUUUGAACCGACACAUGAAGCACACUGUUUUUCUGUGUUCUUAUGCUUACCGUACCGCCCAGCCGCCAUUUAAAAUGUUUAGUUAUUUUAUACAAUUUUAGCAGGAGCCUUGUAUUUUAUGUUUUGCCUUUUUAAAAGCGUUUAACUUUGUUUUAAACCGUAUCUUUUAUUUUGAAAAGCUAAGAGGCCAGUUUGGAUCCAGUAGGUUAGGCGUGCCUCUGAGUGGAAGGGAGGAAGCUGGCAUGGGGUCUGAUCCCUCUGUAAAGGGCAUUGCGCUGCCGCCUGAUCAAAUCUCCGUAGGGAACACAGGAAGUCCCACCCCCUUUAACAGGGGUCACUCAAACUAGGUUAGGCAGUCGGGAAAACUUGCAUGUUCUGUGGUAUGUUUACAUUUCUCACAUGCCGCAUGCUAGACAUUUCUGUUUGGUUCCCUCCCUCAGGAAACGCUCACCCUUCAGUUCUCUGUGCCUCACCCCGGCCGCCUUAAAACCUUAUUUAUACAGAUUAAUUCUUGUGUAUAACUUUGACUCUUCUGUACGAGAUAAUUUCCCAACGGUGUCUGAUUAGAAGAAAAUAAAAAAAACUCCCUGUGCCUUUCACACCCUUUAGAGCUAAUUACCAUCACAUACCAAACCUUUGUGGUAGUUUCCGUUACCAUCACGUACCAAACCUUUGUGGUAGUUUCCAACGUUUUGAUCUCCAGAUACGCUCAGAACCCCCCCGUCAUCGUGAAUUGGACUUUGUAUGUUUUGUACCGCUUUAUUUUUUUGUGUUAUACUUUAGGUUCCCUGUACAUAAAAUCCAAUAAACAAACAAAACCUUUA